AUGAACAAGAGUAGCAACUCCGAAGGUGCCGAAGCAGAACAGAUCAUAUUCGAGUUCUUUGCUAAAACCCUACACAUCAUCCUCGAAUCAAGGACUCCUUUCGUGUCUUCAAGAAACUUCAGUGAUGAGCAGAUGAUCUGUUCACCUUCCUCAUCUUCUUCAUCUUCCUCAAGCGUCAGGCCUCGUGACAAAUGGUUCAAUCUAGCUCUUAGGGAAUGUCCUGCAGCGUUAGAGAGUUUCGAUAUAGGGCGCAGAAGCACUCUAGAGCCUCUGGUUGUUGAUGUAGUUCUUGUGGCUACGAAAGAGUAUCACUCUGAUCAAGAUGAGUUGGGAUGUGAAACCAAGAACGAGCAGAUCAUUGAGAGAUGGGUUGUGCAGUAUGAUAAUAGGAAGAUUAGGGAAAGGAGGUCAAGUAGUAGUAGUAGUAGUAAUAAGUUGCAAGUGAUGUAUAAGAAAGCAACUUUGUUACUGAGAUCACUCUUUGUGAUGGUUAGGAUUUUACCUGCUUACAAGAUUUUCAGAGAACUCAACUCCUCUGGACAGAUCUUCAAGUUCAAGCUGUUUCCUAAAGUCCCUACUAUCAUUGAACCCUUCACUCGUAGAGAAGAGGCAGAGAUGCACAAGUUUGCGUUCACACCUGUUGAUACCAUCCGCGGUAGGCUUUGCAUGUCUGUGUUGUAUAGUUCUCUCUCAGAUGUUAGUUGCAGCCAACACUCAGCUCCUGUGUCUCCAACGUUUAUUACUGAUUACGUUGGUAGUCCUUUAGCUGAUCCUUUGAAAAGGUUCCCUUCUCUGCCUCUUUCUUAUGGUUCACCACCACCGUUGUUGUCGUUUCAGAGGCGUCAUAGUUGGAGUUUUGAUCGUUACAAGGAGGCUUCUUCUCCUCCGCCUUCGGUUUCUUGCUCACCGUCACCACAAGCUUUGGUUGCAAAUCCUUGUUCUAGUCGCCUUCCUCCUCAUCCUUGUCAAGAUUUUUCUCCUCCUUGUUCUCCUUCAGGACCUAGACAAGCCGUCCCAAGAAGCAUCACGCGUACUGAAAGUGCUCCAGUCAGGAUUCCAGCUCCUACAUUGGUGGCACCUUCUUCUCAUUUGAAACUGUCGAGACAUGCUUCUUUGAAGCCUGUGAGAAACACUUGUCCUGUUGAAUCUGGAGCAGCAUUGGAGAAGCUGCAUAUCUAUGGGAGAGAAGAAGACUUUAGGAGGAACUCUGGGGUGAGGCUGUCUUCAAACAGCUCACCGAGGAUAUCAUUUUCUAGAAGUUCAAGUAGAUCAUACCAAGAUGAUGUUGAUGAUAAUGAUUUCCCUUGUCCAUUUGAUGUUGAGUAUGAUGAAAUAACAGAUCCUAGUAGUAGCAGACCAUGCUCCUUGGACCAGAGAGGAGAUAUACAUGAACCACCUCUUGAGUUGUCGAGUGGUUCAUACCCAAAGAAGUCACAAGAUGCUGCUGUUGGUGCUUUAGUGAAUAUGCUGAAGAAAGCUCCACCUCUAAAACAAGAUGUCUCUGAAUCUGCCAUAUCUGAACUUUGCUGGAAAAACAACAAGAACAAACCUGGAGGGGAUCAGGAGAUAGCAACAGCGUCUAUGACAGCGUCAGGGAUAGCUCUGGCGGCAAAGACAACAGCUGAUGCGUUGGAAGAGCUAAGGUCUUACAAGGAAAUGAAGAAUGUGUUGCUUAGCCAAUCCACAUCAUCAGCCUUUGCUGUUUCAGAAUCUUGA